AAGAAUUAUCAAUAGUAACUUACUUAGAAAUAAUAACGAAAGAACCACUCAAGACAAAUCUUCAAGAAUUAGAACAAACAAAGAGUAUACCAACCUACAAGGAGAAGAUAAACUCUAUUUUAGAAGAAGCAAGAACCUUAGCAGAAGAAGAAAAAGAUCAAUACCCGGAAAAUCAAUCACUUUGCAAUUUCUGGCC